CUUUAACAGCUCUCCUCCCCGUCUCUCCCACCGUGGUGUUGCUCUCUUCCCCAUUUCGUUGCUUUGUUUUCAUUGUCGCUUCUGAUCAUGGCUGCUCAUUCUACCGAAGAACCGUUCCCCUUUCACGGGCUGCUCCCCAAGAAAGAAACCGGCGCCGCGUCUUUUCUCACCAGGUUCCCCGAGCACGAUGGCCGAGGAGUGCUCAUCGCUAUCCUUGACACCGGCGUGGAUCCCGGGGCUCCCGGCAUGCAGGUCACAACUGAGGGAAAGCCAAAGAUCGUCGACAUCAUCGAUACAACAGGCAGCGGUGACGUGAACAUGACCACAGUGGCAGAACCUAAAGAUGGGACAAUCACUGGCCUCUCUGGUAGAACACUUAAGAUCCCUCCUGCUUGGGUCAAUCCAUCAGGGAAGUAUCGCAUUGGAGUUAAAAAUGGCUAUGAGUUCUUCCCUAAGGCUCUCAAAGAAAGAAUACAGAAAGAGCGAAAGGAGAAGCUGUGGGACCCACCACACAGAGCAGCACUAGCUGAGGUCUCUCGCAAGACAGAAGAGUUUGAACUCUCUCACCCAUCACCCUCACAGAUGGAGAAGUUGCAAAAAGAAGAGCUGCAGAGUCAGUCCGAGCUGUUGGCAUCACUAGAAAAGAAGUACAGCGAUCCUGGUCCUGUAUAUGACUGUGUGCUUUGGCACGACGGUGUCACAUGGAGGGCUGUAGUCGACACUUUAGAGAGUGGAGAGCUGUCCCAGUGCACUGUGCUGAGCUCCUACAGAGAAACACAAGAGUAUGCCACGUUAGGAAAUGCUGAGAUGCUUAACUACUCUGUUAGUAUUUAUGAUGAGGGAAACACACUCUGCAUCGUCACCAGUGGAGGCGCUCAUGGGACACACGUGGCAAGCAUCGCGGCAGGUUACUUCCCAGAGGAACCCGAGCGCAAUGGUGUAGCUCCCGGGGCCCAAAUCCUGGCUCUGAAGAUUGGAGACACCCGCCUCAGCACCAUGGAAACAGGCACAGGACUCAUCCGAGCGAUGAUUGAAGUCAUCAACUACAAGUGUGACCUGGUUAACUAUAGCUAUGGGGAAGCCACCCACUGGCCCAAUUCGGGGAGGAUUUGUGAGGUGAUCACAGAGGCUGUGCAGAAGCACAAUGUCAUAUUUGUUUCAAGUGCGGGAAACAACGGCCCGUGCCUCUCCACGGUCGGCUGCCCGGGGGGAACCACCAGCAGUGUCAUAGGAGUUGGAGCAUAUGUGACUCCAGACAUGAUGGUAGCAGAGUAUUCCCUGAGGGAGAAGCUGCCACCCAACCAGUACACCUGGUCAUCCAGGGGCCCCAGUACAGACGGGGCCCUGGGUGUUAGCAUCAGUGCGCCUGGCGGGGCUAUUGCAUCUGUACCCAACUGGACUCUUCGUGGUACCCAGCUGAUGAACGGCACAUCCAUGUCAUCCCCUAAUGCCUGUGGUGGCAUCGCACUAAUCCUCUCAGGAUUGAAACAGAGCGGGAUCCGUCCCUCUGUUCCUGCGGUGAGGAGAGCGCUGGAGCACACUGCUCUGAAGGUUGAUGACAUUGAGGUGUUUGCACAGGGCCAUGGAAUAAUGCAGGUGGACAAGGCAUUAGACUACCUCACUCAACACGCCUCUUUACCCACAAGCCACCUAGGUUUCUCGGUAACUGUGGGAUCACAAAAAGGCAUCUACCUCAGGGACCCAGCCCACAUUCUUGCAUCCUCGGAUCACGGAGUAGGAAUUGAACCCAUCUUCCCGGAGAACACUGAAAACUCUGAGCGAAUCUCCUUGCAGCUACACUUGGCGCUCACAUGUGCCGCCCCGUGGGUCCAGUGCCCCUCCCAUCUCGAGCUGAUGAACCAGUGUCGUCAUGUGAAUGUCCGCGUUGAUCCUGUGGGACUGAGAGAGGGAGUGCACUACACAGAGGUGUGUGGCUAUGAUACAGCAGCACUUAGCUGUGGCCCCCUGUUCAGAGUCCCAAUCACGGUUAUAAUCCCCACCAAAGUGACAGAUAGUCGUAACCACGAGGUGAGUUUCACAGACGUCCACUUCAGACCAGGCCAGAUCAGACGCCACUUCAUCACUGUUCCUCAGGGAGCCUCCUGGGCAGAGAUCACACUGACCUCUCAUUCGGGUGAUGUGUCAUCAAAGUUUGUUCUCCACGCGGUGCACCUGGUCAAACAGAAGGCAUACAGAGCUAAUGAAUUCUACAAGUUCUCCUCACUGUUGGAAAGAGGCUCACUAACCGAGGCUUUCCCUGUGCUGUCAGGAAGGAUAGUAGAGCUGUGCAUUGCCCGCUGGUGGGCGAGCCUGGGUGACGUGACCGUGGACUACAGCAUCUCGUUCCACGGACUCAACACUUCCCCUUCACCCCUGCACAUACAUGCCUCAGAGGGAGUGACGAGUUUUGAUGUGUCGUCGCCUCUGAGAUACGAGGAGGUGUCCCCCACUAUCACCCUCAAGUCUUGGGUUCAGCCUCUCAGGCCGUUAAAUUCAAAGAUAAAAGCCCUGGGACUGAGGGAUGUUCUGCCUAACAACAGACAAAUCUACGAGAUUGUGCUCACCUAUAGCUUUCACCAGCCUAAGAGUGGAGAGGUCACCCCCAGCUGUCCCAUGCUGUGUGAGCUGCUCUAUGAGUCUGAGUUUGACAGUCAGCUCUGGAUGCUGUUUGAUCAGAACAAGAGACUACUGGGCUCAGGGGAUGCCUACCCACACCAGUAUUCUCUGAAGCUGGAAAAGGGGGACUACACCGUGCGUCUGCAGGUCCGCCACGAGCAGUCCAGUGAGCUGGAGCGCCUUAAGGACCUACCGUUUGUGGUUUCUCACCGUCUGUCCACCACACUCAGUCUAGAUGUCUACGAGUCCCACCGUGCUGCCCUCAUGGCCAAGAAGAAAGCAAACUCUGUCACCUUGUGCCCAGGCGCCACACAGCCCUUCUACGUCACAGCCCUGCCCGACGACAAGAUCCCAAAGGGCACGAGUCCAGGAUGCUAUCUUUCAGGCUCUCUGGUUGUCCCCAAGAGCGAGUAUGGCAAGAAAGCAGGGCAGGCCUCUGCAAAACGACAAGGGAAGUUUAAAAAGGAUAUUGUUCCAGUCGUCUACCACUUAAUUCCUGCUCCCAACAAAACAAAAAAUGGAGGGAAGGAGAAGGACAAGGACAAGGAAGGAGACAAAGAGAAAGACGUGAAGGAGGAGUUUGCCGAAGCUAUGAGAGACCUAAAGAUUCAGUGGAUGACAAAGUUAGACUCCAGCUCCAUCUAUGAUGAACUGAGGGAGAGCUACGCCGAUUACCUCCCACUGCAUGUGCAAAGACUGCACCAGCUGGACUCCGAAAAGGAGCGUGUAAAACGUCUGAGGGAGGUGGAAACGGCCGCCGACAUCGUCAUCUCCCACAUCGACCAGACGGCCCUGGCUGUUUACCUCACGUUGAAGACAGACCCUCGGCCUGAUGCCGCAUCUAUCAAGACUGACAUGGAGAAGCAGAAGUCGUCUCUGCUGGACGCUCUGUGCAGGAAGGGUUGCAGUCUGGCCGACCAACUCCUGCUGCCCCCGGCGCCGCAGGAUGGCGCCGCUGCUGUCUCCGCAGGACAAGCAGCGGCAGAAGAGCAGGUUGGGGAACAAGUGGCCAGCAGUUCUGACGACACCAUGCACAGCGUGGUUCAAGCACUGACUGAUACGUUUUGGGAGGUGCAGAAGUGGGCAGAGCUAACUGACUCCAAGGUGUUGAUGUUUUCAUACAAACACGCUCUUGUGAACAAGAUGUACGGCCGAGCCUUAAAGUACGCUUCGAAGAUGGUGGAGGAGAAGCCCAGCAAAGACAACAUGAAGAACUGCAUCCAGCUUAUGCGACACCUCCGAUGGAUACACUGCGCCACCUUCAGUGAGAACUGGCUACCGGUCAUGUACCCCGCAGAUUACACUCUCUUCUAGGCACAGACACACAUGCAUGCAUGAGCAGCAUGGCCAUACAUGGUCCAUUACAUGAUACCUUUUGAUAUCAUGUCCCUCAGGGUCACACAUGGUCUAUGCAUCUCGGUUUUCAAAUUUAGAAGUAGGUGGACACCAAAAUGAAGGAUAACGCUGUGUAAAUGGUUCGCGGCACUCAACACUUUAUAAGGCAAAAAGGGAUCACGUUUGUCUUUUUAAAUGUCUUGUGGAACACUAUAGCUCUGCAGACCACGUGGCCCGACAGAUAAUUUGAAUGCCACCAACAGAAAAACAACAAAUAAUUCAGUUUAAAUUUAUAAAAUGCUCCAAACUAUUGCCAAGGCUUGUUAAUACUGUAGCUCGGUGCUUUCUUAGUUGGGUGUUGUCCUUUUACUUUGGUGUCAUCUACACAUUUGGAGGCUUUCACAUCCCCACUCAUCCUCAGCUGUCUGGACUCCAUAUCACAUAGCUAACCUCAUUCUCUCGUGUAAAUAUUGUGUAAAAGGGACAGUGUGGAGACCAGGGAUGCAUCCCAAGUCUUUUAAAGAGAAAUAAACUGACUCCAUCUACUCGCUUAUCGAAAGAAUCGACAGCAGAAAAACUCCCAACUGGCUGUUUGAUAAUGCUUCAAUGAGAAGACAGGAGGACUUGCUUCUGCACGAUGUUCGGACAUACGAGGGGCACUCAGUCUGCCUGAUCCCUGGGUUAAAAGGGAGACCCAACUUGAUAUCUUUUCUUUCUUUGUUUUUUGAUUGUUCCAGCCAGGCCGGGUUGAUAAAGUUAACAUUAUUAGUCUUGUCUGUCUUUUUAGGCUCCGACACGUGUACACAGAACACAAAACAAUAUUGAGGUGCCUUUCUACAUGUACCUUACCUUUUUUUUUUUUUUUUUUUUUUUUUUUUUUUAAUGAUGGGAUAAAAACCAAUGCAAGGCUGCAGAAUCAGUAGCGUCAGUCAACACUCAGCUGCUUGCAAUCAUUUCACCCAUCAGCCUUUUGGUGUCAAAUGUGGUUAUAAAGCUCAUAUCUGCAGUUUGAUGUGUCCGUGCACUGUAUGCAGGAUCGUCAGUGAUUUGUCAGCUAAUAGGAAGCCACAAACACAUUUUCUGGGCUUUUGCUUACCUGUUGGCCACUCAUUUUAUACUGCAGUUACCUGAGCAGCACAUUUGACAAACUUCAUCUUUAAAGACCUCACUAAUGUUAUGGAUGCAGUUGUGGGCAGCGGGAGGAUGUUUAGAUUUCAUUGUGAAAUGUUCACGCAGUAUUAGACGUGUCUCCGCAGCAUUCAGAAUGUUGCAUUUGUACACAGUGUCAUAAGUAAUGUACAUACACACGUAACAUAAAAAAGAUAUUAAAAUGCAAUAGGUAUAUAAUACAAAUAUUAUUCAAAUUGAUGUAUUUUGCGUAUAUGCAUGUCUUCUAGGAUGUAAGGAAAAACAAGUUUUAUUUGAAAGUAGAUUUUAGUUCAUUUCAAUUGUGUGUGUGUGUGUGUGUGUG